ACCAGUCGCCACAGGGCACUGCUGAGUAUUACCACAUUACCAGUUACUUAUUUCAGUAUAUGUUUUUUAUGGUCUAUCAUAUGUAUAUUAUUUAUUUUAAAGUAUUUUGAAACUAAAUUGUCUUAGUCUGAAAGGUUUGAGCUAUUGAGUGUAUGUGAAAGAGGGAAUUCCCUGAAGAAGAAAUUGUACUUUUAUACAAUAUACCAUGACUGUUGAAGUUAAAUACAGUUGUUUGCGUGAAGAGUUUUUAUCUAUCACUCAGUCAAAUAUAGAUGAUAGAGCAUUGAAAGUGCUUAAAGAGUAUUAUGCUGAUUACAUUCAUUCGAAACGUAAACUAGGUCUGGUUAAUGAUUUAAGAACAUUAUUGAAAAUACUAGAAAAACGAGAUGUUCUUAGUUACAGUAAAAUUGAACCACUUGAUUAUAUUUCAAAGAAUUUUUUAAAUGACCCUCUUGUACAGAAGAAAAUAGAAGAUUACAAAUUUUAUCUUCAAAAUACACAAUAUUUGUCAUUUUGUGAUAUGUAUCAAGAUGAAAAUGAAUUCAAAGAUAAGGAUACAAAAGAAGUGCGUACUAAUGAACCUGAAUGUCAAGCAACAUCACAAAGUCAUGCAACAAAUUUUAGAAGUUGUUCUGAACAAGAAAGUAAGCUGCAACAAAUGGUACUGUUACAAAUCGGUGAGAGAAUUGGACGUUCGUGGAGAGAUACAGUUAGAUAUUUAGGUAUUCCUGAAUACCAAAUUGAUGCUAUUCAAGAAAAAUAUCCUAUGAAUAUGAAAGAACAAAGUUUUGAGGCUUUAAAAUUAUAUAUGUAUCAGUACAGUACUGACAAAUGGAAACUAAACUUAGUACAUGCUUUAGAAAAGGCAAGGCGCAGGGAUCUUAAAGAACUGGCUGAAAAAUUAAUAAUGUACUCAAGAAAUGAAUAAUUUAUUGGCAAAAUAAUUUAACUUUU